CGGAAAUCGUCUGGACAUGCGCACAUCCAUUUACUAAUAUUUUUCAUUUACAAAAUAUAUGUCAAAUAUAGUUUGUUAAUUUGAGAUUCUUUAAUGACCACCACACAUUUAGCAGUUGGAAGGAAGAUAACGUUGAGAUUUUGUUGUCAUUGACUGGAUCUACAGUACAGCAGCAGUAUUGCAAGUACAAACGCUUACCAGCAUGUCUCAUUAACAAAUACCUUGGCCAAGUCUCCUAUGAAGGUUCAGCAUUCUAUGCUAGAUCAAAUGAAAACCAAAAACUUUUAUAUCAUCGUAGUCUUCAUUGGAGCUACCAGUUUAUCAUUAUGGCUCUUCAACUAUCCAACAACCAGCUUUCGUGUUAUUGUCACCAAAACUCACAAACAAAUCAACAAUAUCAAAAAUCUGCCGUCAAACAUGCAGAAAAAGUCCAUGCAAGAACUAAGCGUGGACCCUGUGUAUCUGAAUGCAUUGGGAUUCUCGGAUGACACAGUGCUGAUAGGACACAGAGGGUCGGGACAGAAGUCUCUGCCCGUCAUAGCCACCAGUGUGGAGCCGGGUAGGAUGGAGAAGACUGUGUACUUUAUAAACUCUGUCAGGAAGUACAUGGAGACCAGACAUCUCGUACUUGUGGAUCUCGGAGUUUCCAAGACCGAGAAAGCCAUGUUACGAAGGAACUGUAACAGCACAUGGAACUGUAGAAUCAACAUUUUGAACUAUGAGAAAUAUCCCUCACAUGUGCAGUACCUGGACAUAAAGAGUUACCGGCCUAUAUGUAUUCAGGAACUGCUGACUGAGUACGGAGCUGUCAUGUGGGUUGACACAUCUCUCUACUUCACCAACAGCAAGAUCAACGAAAGUCUUGCCCUGGCACAAGCCUCAGGGAUAGCUGCAUGGACAAUACAAGACCCCACAUCUUCUUUAACUCACCCAAAAAUGUUUCAGUUCUUCAAAACAAAACCUGAUGAAUUUUAUUUCCACCGAGCUGUAGAAUCCAGCCAUCUUGUAAUAUACAACACAGAGACUAUCCACCGAGAACUGAUGCUUCCCUGGGUGAAGUGUGCGUUGUUGGAAGAAUGUAUUAGUCCUACCGGUGCUCAGAACGUAGGCUGCAACUAUCUGAGAAAACCCUUAUUUAAAUAUUCAGGCUGCCACCAUUAUGAUAUGUCAGCCCUUAAUGUUAUUUUAGGACUAUUGUUUGAUUUCGAAGUGUCGAAAUAUUCUUCAUCGGAGAAGAUCUUUGGAACUGUCAGUAAAGACGGCAUGAAUUACACAACGCCUCAGUUUAAGCUGAGGUCAGUGAGUUGAUUUUUUAACCAUGCUGACUUUUUAGAUUUACAGCAUGUUCAACUGACAGUGGGAAGAUGUUCCUGUGAAUAGAGCAUGUUGUAGGAAAUUAUCAAAAGUAUUUCUGGAAGCGUCACCCACAACUAUAGAUGUACAUAAUGACUUCUUGCUCUUUCUCUCCAUGUUUCAACACAAUUUGCUUUCAUGGAAGGAUGAAAUAUUCUAUUUAGUUUUAUAGUUGUUUCUGUGAUCUGUGAUAAGACAACUUUAUGAUUUCAAAUCAAGCCUAUCCUGUUUCCAGGCCAUACUGAUCAAAGUACAGAGGCUUGUUUAGGGAAGAGACCCUAUUUUGCCAUGGUCACCUCAUGUCAUUAUCCCCAUAUUGGUUUUCUUUGGUGUGUACCUGGUAUAUAGAAUCACGAAAAACGUCUGUUAGCUUGAUUAUUUGUUGAACAUGUUGCAGGCAGAGAGUUCUUAGCAUUUGACUGUAGUGUCAUGCACUGGGGGACAUGGGUUCCAUCAAAUAGUUACACACAAGGAUGUUGUGAAACAGUGAUGAGCAGAGGAGUGUAGGUACUUGUUUGUGUGGCAAGAAAAUACUGACGAACAUUAGGAACCAUUUACAUGAUCUAUUCAUAAGCACAAAGUAUUAGUCAUUUGAUCAAAGUACUGUAUGUGAACCCAAAAAAGGACAAUUAUGUAUUCUUAGUCUUGUUAAUGAGGGUUAUUAAUAACCAGACCUUUGUUUUAAAAUGGAAACAAUACUGUUUGUAUAUUUUUGUAUUGAGGAGUGAGGAGGCACAAUCUUGACAAUUCAAUAAGGGCAAGUGAGGAUUUGUGUAUCUAGCCAUUCAUCCAUACAGCUAUAUAUUGUUUGUUUUUUACGCCACACUCCCCACACUCAGCCAUAUUCCAACUACCGGUACAUGUUUAUGAUGGCAGUCUGUAGAUAACUGAGUCUGCACUAGACCAUCCAGUAUUGAAAUCAUGAACAUCGAUCUAUGCAAUUGGGAUACGAUGGCAUGUAUCAACCCAGUCAGCGAGUCUGGAAACUUUACCAGCUGUCAACAAUCAAAUCAUGCAGAUAUUCUCAGCUUGGGUAUAGUUAUUGCCUGAUGUGUGGUGCAUGCGUCAGGUCAGUCCACGCUGUCAGGGUACACUGAUGUACUGAUUCAGUGGCAGGAGAGAGGCUGACAAAUAUCAGCACAUUAGUUGAUAUGUUGUUGUCAUUGAUUGAAACAAGAGGAUCUUUUGUUUAUGGUAGUGUCUGUAAAUGCAUUCUCCAUUAUCCAGUGUAUUAUAUCACCAUUUUCUACAGCAGGUUCAUUUCGAGUCUGGUUUGAAUGACACAAUGCUAAAAUUAUUAUAUUACCACUCAUACUACACUGGUCUUCAUAAUUAAAAAAAGUGUUGAUAUUGCCACUUCUCAACUCACCUUGGUCCUUAAGUCUCAAAUACAACUGGGAACUUUGUGUAGCACAAGGACUUCCCUCCCAGGUCUUAUACUCAGGAUAGCAUUUCCCAGCUAAAAGUGCAUAAAACAUGUAAAAAACAGUUUUCUGAUUUGAUUAAACAUACAGAGAUCUCUUGUAUAAGGGUGCAUUUUGAAUGUUGAUCUCAUUUUCAGAAGUGGCAUUUUGAUUGGUUGUUGAUUUCAAGCUCCCGAGCGACAGAAUUUGUGCUAGGUUAGUGAUAAGAAAGAUAGAAAUGUGGCUUCCCGAACAUAGUUAUGGUGAUGAAUGGAUCCCCGGUUUUCAUCAGUAUAGAAUGAAGGAAUGAUACACUGGGUAAGGAGCUUGUAGAUCUGCAAUAACACAUAUUUUUGUAUUUUUGUAUGUAGACUUAAGUUUUCACCUGUAUGUUAUGCUCACUUCAUGGCCCUUGUGUUUAUUAAUAUGAUGUAGAACAUAUCUAGAUACAAAAGCAAAAGUUUGUACACAGAAGUUUUGAUAUGGAAAUGAUGUUUAAUUUAUUCAGAUUGAAUUAGUACACAUUGUAUUCAUAAUAUUUAAAAUAGUUUGAUAAUUAUCUGUUUUGUGUAAUCAAAGUUUGAGACACUAACAUCAAAAUGACAGGAAUAUUGUUUUAUGAAAAUGGGAGAAGUAUUGACAUCGUAAUGUAGCACCCAUUGAUUGAAUAUCCUGACUUGCGUACUUGGAUUCAAACCACUGACAAUGUGAAAUUGAAUGCAGUCCACAUGAACCACAGAGCAGGCUGACAAAGUGAAGGUUGCGGAAUCUCAAUUCAAAACAACGCCAAUUCAAUGCCUUGGGCCACAAUUAUCUACAGGACGGAGGAAGGGUGUUGGCAUACAUGCGAGCAGUGUUUGAAAUAAAAGAAAUGCUUACAGGACCCACAGACUUAUAAGCUUCAGGCCCUGACUAAAUGUUCCCGCUUCCUGAGGCAAGGGAGUAAUUGACUAUAAAAGUCCAGUUUCCACACUUGCCGAACGAGGCUGGAGUUAUGUUUUGGCUGGACUUAUGAGUCUAUGCAAGGUCCAAUCAAAAUUGCGUAACGAAAUCAACAUUUGGUUCGUAAACUGUCGUGGCAGAUUUCGGUUGAUUGCUGGAUUUGCAAAACAUGUGUACCGUCAACUGGGGGUUUCCACAUAUUUUCCAAAUCUUUUCAUGUUUUUAAUCAAGGUGCUCAUGUGAUUUGAUGCACUUCAUGAAGUAAGACCCGUUUAUGACAAUAUAGAAUUUGAUUAUCGAUUAGAUCAUCUUGAAGUGAUAUUAGAGGUGGAAUCUGAAUGGUCAAUAGGAGGGGCAUAAAAGGGACAUAACACUAGUAGCCAUGGUGGUGCUAUGAUUGAGCCAAGAAAUUCCAGCCUUGAAAACAAAUAAUAUUCAUGAAACAUUCGUAUUACUUGCUACAUUAAACACAAUGUACAAAAACUUUAAUUUCACUGAUUGUGUCUGAUGGGAUCACAGGUCACUGCUGGUGACAGACACUCAAGUGAGUAGGAAAACCAAACCAAAAACACAUUAAAAGCCUCCAUCUUAUUGAGCCAUAAGGAACCAUACAAAUCUGAAACGAGGGUGCCACCGCGUAAUCUGAAGGUGGUUAUUUCGAACACUGCUUGCGAGUAGCCAUUCGUUUGUGUCAGUAGUGAAUCACAUUAGAAACACUGUUGUUUUGAGCAUUCCCUUAAUACUUUUGAUCAUUGCAUAUGAGAGGCUGCAUAAUCUUAAGUUAUUUUCUGAGAAUCAGGUUUGUUUAAACUCUUGAUGACUAAGUUUUUUUUUAACCUGAAGUAUUUUGACCAUGUAGUACACUGGAAUCAAACUGUAUAAUUUGUAAAAAGACUCAUAUGUUAUCAACAUUUAUACACUUCAAUGUUUAUUAGAUGUUGUGUCAUCAUGAUCAACUUAUCAUCCUGAGCAAAAUAAAUAUUAACAAAUCAAAA